AUGAAUUUUGAAGAAAAAUAAAAUGAAAGACUUUAUAAAAAUAGAUUCUAUAUAAAGCAUAAGAUUAGUGCAGGUACUAUAUGAUAUUGCUUUAAUAUUGAAAGGUUCAUUUGGUGUUGUAUUCUUAUGUUAAGAUCUAUAGACAAAAGAAUAUGUGGCAAUGAAAGUAGAGAAGGAAGACAUUAAUUCAAUGAGUUUAGAAAGAGAAAUAUAAAUGUUAGAUGAAUUAAAAAAGCUUCCAGGUUAGAAAUUUGUUAAAUUAGGGAUUCCUAAAAUUAUAUGGGCAGGAAAUGAACAUAAUCAUAAUUGUUUGGUGAUGUAAUUGUUAGGCAGAGAUUUAUCAUACCAUUUAAAGGCAUUAAAAAGGUUUUCAUUAAAAUGCGUUGUUAAUAUAUCACUACAAAUUAUAUAAAUAAUUGAAGGUGUACAUAGGAAGUACUUAUAAAUUCAUAUAAAUUGAUAGAGGAAUAAUUCAUAGAGAUAUGAAACCAGAAAAUGUUAUGACUGGUAAAGAUUAAGAAUCAAAUUAAAUUUUUUUAGCUGAUUUUGGAAUUGCUAAAUUUUAUAGAGAACCUGAUGGAACACAUGUGUAAAUUAUAUUACAUAAUAGUUAUAAAUAUUAGACCAUUUAAAGAUAAUAAAUCAUUUGUUGGUACAACUAGAUAUGCAAGUAUUGGAGCACAUAGAGGUUUUGAAUUAAGUAGAAAAGAUGAUUUAGAAUCUAUUGGAUAUAUGAUUAUAUAUAUGUAUAAAGGAACUCUACCUUGGUAAACAUAUCAUAAUGUAGCAGAAAAAGAUAAAACUAAAAUGGUUGGUUAAAUAAAAUAAUAAACAUAAAUAGAAGAAUUGUGUAAAGAUUGUCCUUAAGAAUUUUAUUAGUAUAUAUCUUUCUUAUUUAGAUAUUUCCAAUAUGUUAAAUAAUUACAAUAUAAAUCUACUCCUGAUUAUAGAUAUUUACAUUCCUUAUUUGAGUAAUUAUCUAUAACUAAUGGAUUCAAACAUGAUAAAAGACUUGACUGGACUGAAUAUUCUUAAGGUACAACUAAAGUCUCAGGAGAAUAGACAUAAUAAGACACAAGAUAACCAGCUAGAUCAUAUAGAUAAGAUGAUAAAAUUAAAAAUGUUGAAUCAUAAAGGUACAUCUUUAUAAAUUUAAAAUAGAUCUGAUAUUAAUAAUUUAUAAAAAGCUAUUAAUAAUAAUAGAAAUAGAAGUAGACAUUAAUCAGAAUAAUGUGUCAAUAAGAGUAAUAACAGUGGAAAUAGUCUAUCUUCUUCAUAGAUUAAUAGUUAAUAAUCUUCAAUUCUUUUAAAUUAUUAAAAUUCAUAGUUUUCUCAAAAUAAUAUUAGAAUUGGAUCUUCAAAAUUAUUAAGUAAAUUAUAAGAAAGAGGAAUUAUUAAUUUACAUUAGGAUUCUAAAGGAUCUUUAAUUUAAUAACAAUCUUCUAAAUCAUUUCAUGAAAGACAUAUGUCUUCUCAUUUAUAAUAGUAAUUUAUUACUCAAUAACAGCAAUCUUUUCAUAAUAAUAGUUAGGUAAUGCAACUAUAAUAAGAAGAUUUUUAAGAUUUAGAGGAGUUAGAAGAAAGAUUAUAAAAAGAUAAAAAAUCUAAGUAAAAUAUUUAUUAAUCAAGAGUUAACGAAAUUAAGUUCAUAAAAGUAGUAAACCAUUAAAAGUAAAAGAAAUCCAAAAUCAUUAUAAAUAAUCUGAUAAUUAAACUGAUUUGUAAGGAAUGACAUAAUUAGAAGAUGCAAGUAUAGAAAACAAGUUAAUAAACUAUACUUUAAAUGCUCCAAAAUUAAAAUAAAACCUAGCUAAAUAUUGA